AUGUUAUUAAAAGCUCAGGUCUUGUUGUGGUUAUUGGUUGCUACCGCAUGGGGUAGAGAUUUCCAAGGUGGUAACACUAUUGAUUGGGGUACUCAAAAUGUUGGUCAGGGUGAUGUCCACAUUCAUUCUGGAGCACUUUGGUCUAUCAUCAACAAUGCUGCUUCAGAUUUCCAUGGAAAUAUUCAAGUUGAUUCAAAUGCCGGUCUUUAUGUUUCCAGUGUUAACCCAAACAUUGCUUUGUCUGCUACUUUAUAUGAUACCAUUUAUGAAUUUGUCAACAAUGGUGUUGUCUCAUUCAAUGCAAUCAAGGGUGCUCCAGGUUACGCAUUCAAUAUCAUUGGUAACAUGUUUGAAAACAACGGUGAUUUGUUUUACUCUGCAUCGGGUGAAGGGUCAGUUGUUAGUACUAUCAAAACACCCGAUUUCCACAACACUGGAUCAUUGAACUUUUACCAAAAGAUGAAGAGUGAUAGUUAUGUUUUGUUAGGUGCUGAUGCAAAAACAUUCAUCAACAAUGGUCAAAUAUGCUUUACUAAUCAAACUGGCAUCAACUUGCUGGUGUCUUGGGAGCCGGUUGUUUCACCGCUCAAGGUCAAUCAUCGUUCUAUUUGCAAAACACAGCUUUGCAAAUCUCAGAAGACCAAAUUUUUUACUUGUCCAAUGGUGAAACUUCAAUAUUGGCUGUUGGAUCAAUCGACAAUCCUCAAACUUUCCACGUCAGAAAUUUUGGAACUGACAAGAAUGGUGUUGCAAACAAGGUUGGAUUGACUGCUACUUUGUAUAACUCUGUUGGAGGAAAAAGUGCGUAUGCCUACAAUGCAAGAGAUGGUAUCUUGACCUUGUACGUUGGGUUGUAUACCCAAAACUUUGAAAUCGGUACUGGCUACGACCCAACCAAGUUCCAAAUUGUUAGUGAUACCAACAGAGAAAUCCCCCAAAUCUACUUGGGUGCAGUGCAAUACAAUGGUUCACCACCAAAACCAGGCAUGCCAUCGGAAUGUAAGCCAUGUAAGUCAAUCCCAGGUAUCCCAGGUAUUGACCAGCCACCAGCAACUUCAUAUCCAAUCAGUACUGCCCCAACUUCAUCGACCAAACCAAUGCCAACACCUACUGUUCCACCAAUGAGCACCCCAUCUAACUCCAAGCAUGGACUCAUCAAAACAGUAACCGUGUUUGAAACUGAUGUUGUUGAAGUUACCUCUACAUACACACUCACCAGCUUUGUCAAAAAUUGAGUAA